AUGCGAAACUAUCACUUACCGAACCGGAAGAAGUCCAUCGCGUUCGCGAUCAUCUUCGCCUGGCCGAGAGGACCGUCUUUGACGUCGGCCGGUUUGCAGAAUAAGAGUCCGGGAUUCUUCGACACGAGGUCGAGCGCCUCGUCUUUGCUCUCGCACCGCUCCACCCACGCGUCGAAGGACGCCUUCACGCGGUCCGGCUUCCAGCCGACGACCAUCUUAUUAUUGGUCACGAUUCGCAGCGCGGCGUCGGCGUCGCCGACGGUCUCGACUAACUCUACAAAAUUCGCGCGCACCGUCUCCGCGUCGGCGGCGCCGGCGAAGUCUAGCCGACGGUCCUCCUCCGCAGCGGCUGGCGCGCCUGCCUUCGCGCACAGGGCCACUGCUGCAUCCGUGGCUUCCUCAACGGUGGCUCUGCUCGCCGCGAGGCGCAGCGGAAAUGAUCUGUGCGGCGCAAAGGCUGCCGCAGCAGCUGCAGAGAGGAGGAUUAUGCAAUAAUCUCGCAUGGUACGGCUCCUUUUCUCUUGCGGUUCGAUACGUGUGCACUGUAAACUAUCAGAUUGCCUCCUUGCUCGGCACUAAGCUUGCAAGUACAGGAUGCUGGGGUGCCAAAUCCACUGCGCUCUCUGGGUGACGGGUUUUCGGUAUCAGCCUCUAGCUACGGAGUUCAGCGAUCGCCAACGCAAGCACGGGCUGGAUG